UGGUUAGAGUAGGCUCGCUCAUAUUUUGUUGGAUUUAUUCAGACUUGGUGGUGCAAUACCAUUUAGUGGUGGUAGGCGCAGUGACCCACUCGUAUAUAUACCGAUAUACCACUGUUAGAUCAACAUUGUCUAGUGCCUCACCGACAUUCCAAUACAAACAUGAAGAUCAUUAUCUUGUUCGCUCUGGUCGCGGCGGCGUUCGCUGCUCCUCAAAGCGCCAGUGAGCCCAUUCCGAUCCUGAAGCAGGAGAGCGAGAUCAACCCGGAUGGUUCGUACCAGUGGUCGUACGAGACUGGGAACGGUAUCGCGGCUGAGGAGAAGGGAGCGUUGAAGAACGCUGGCGGCGAGGAGCCUUCGCUGGAGGUUCAGGGUCAGUUCCAGUACCCGAGCGAGGAGGGUGGCAACAUCCAACUGACGUACAUUGCCAACGAGAACGGAUUCCAGCCUCAAGGAGCCCACCUCCCCACUCCUCCCCCCAUCCCCGCUGCCAUCCAGCGUGCGCUCGACUUCCUCGCUACCGCGCCUCCCCAGCCUGAAAACAGACGGCGCUAAUUUCACUUUUAUUUAAGACAUAGGACAUACUGUCUUCAAUAGUACUCACGCUAUAGUUUUCACUAUGUGAAAGAGGCCAAUUUAGGAUAACAUUACCUGUAAGAAGUAGAGCUAAUCUCAUCUGAAGUUAAAAUGUGUGUUAAUUUCAAUAGAUUUUCUUUUUUUCUCCGGUAUUAGAAAUAAGGAAAAGUAUUUGUUAACAUUUAUUUUAAAAUUAGAAGAGAUUUGCACUCUGAGGCAAUAAUUACACCACUGUAUGCUCUAGAUUGACCAAACCAUUAUUUGUGAUAUUAGGACGCUGUUGAAGAAGGAAACAUUUUUUUUAUGUUUUGUAAUGAAUUUUGUACAUAAAAUAAUUAAAAUAUUGUAAAUAAUUUAA